UUCCAGAGUAAGAUGUAGCAUAGCACAUUAGGUCAAGCGCCGCAAUAUCAACAUGUCCAUCGUUUUCGUGCCAAAAAGGCUACGAGGGAAAGCGAAAAUUAGCCAAGAAACAAUACAGCAACUGCUGGACGAGAACGACCAGUUGGUGAGAUGUAUCACAGAAUACAUGCAGAAGGGACGAGCUGUGGAGUGUGUCCAAUAUCAACAGAUAUUGCACAGAAACAUAGUGUAUUUGGCAACCAUAGCCGAUGCAAGUCCUGACACAGAACCAUCGGAUUCGUCUUCAAAGGCCACAUCUGGUGAAACCUCUUCCACAACAUCAGCCGCAAAUAGUCACCUAGAUGGAUCGUAAUUGUGUAGUUUGUAUGUGUAAUAUCAUCAAAGUAACCAUUGUGGCACUGAUCCUUUACUGUUUUGGUUUUUUUAUUAUAAUGGA